CGUGGACAACUCCGCCGUGGCGUGGACAACGUGGAUGUGGUUUUUAGAGCCGUUUCGAUCGUGUCCGAACAGAUCGAGCUUGUUUGGCAAAUCCCCGAAAGAGCUCAUAACAAAGCAGCUCAAUUGUCGCCUUCACAAGAACACUGUCGUCUUUACUAGCGUAUCUCCUGUCUUUGCCAUCCACCAUGAUGUCUACGAACAAUAAUGGUACUGCCAGAUCCAAUAAUAAAAAGCAGAAACUGAACCCUGCUCUUCUCUCCGUUUUGGACCACAAAGAAAUCUGGAUCGGCCACAUCCUUCCAUUUCUGGGCAUGGGACAGUAUGCCUACAUUGGAGCUGUCAACAAGGAGUUCAAUCAUCUCUACAAGGAGUAUUGUGAUUCUGUCAAGAAUCCUCCUUUGGUGAUGGGCAACUAUCACACUCUUGGCCGGGACAACCCAAAACCUGUUACAAGCACAGAUACUCUAUACUCUGUUGCAUUCUACAAUGUGGCAUGUGCUACAUACUGGAGUAGUACCAGUGCCACUUUGAGAGGCCAACCCAGUCUUGGCAAUGUUUGCCAAGCAGUGGCCAAAGUUGGAAGUCUUAGAGUUCUCCAAUGGGCCCGCCAGAAAUCAUAUCCAUGGGAUGAAAGAACAUGCAGGAGAGCUGCUGAAGGUGGUCAUUUGGAACUUUUGAAAUGGGCUCGUGAGAAUGGAUGUCCAUGGGAUCAAAUAACAUGCUCUUCAGCUGCUGGAGGUGGUCAUUUGGAACUUUUGAAAUGGGCUCAUGAGAAUGGGUGUCCAUGGAAUGAAUGGACAUGCUUGGCCGCUGCUCGACAUGGACAUUUGGAACUUUUGAAAUGGGCUCGUGAGAACGGUGCCAUGGAAUGUGGACAUGCUUGCCGCUGCUCGACAUGGACAUUUGGAACUUUUGAAAUGGGCUCGUGA